CAAAAUCAAUUACAAGAAUCUGCUACUGAAGCAAGUUUGCUAGUAGCAAAGCAGAUUGCUCAAUGUGGGAGACCUUUUGCUGAAAGAGAAUUUGUAAAAAAGUGCAUGUUGGAUGUUUGUGAUGUAAUGUGUCCAGAAGCUAAACAUAAAUUUGAAAAUAUAAGUCUGUCUUGGCAAACUAUUGCCCGAAGAAUAGAAGAUAUGAAUACUAAUUUAAAUGAGCAGUUACUGAAUGAUUUAGAAUCGGUCCAUUUUUAUUCAAUAGCUCUUGACAAAAGUUGUGAUGUAAAGGAUACAGCUCAGUUAUUAAUUUUUAUCAGAGCUAACAUUGAAGAUUUUCAAAUUUCUGAAGAACUUUUGUCAAUUGUUCCUAUGAAAGACACAACAAAGGGAGAUCUUUUCCGAAAGAUUGAAGAAUGUAUUUUGAAAUACAGUAUUGACUGGAAAAAAUUGGUGAAUGUAACAACAGAUGGAUCACCAAGUAUGAUUGGAAAAAAUAUUGGUCUCAUAAAACAAAUUGAAGACAAAAUUUCUGAAAUUGAUCCAAAUCAUAAAAUUAUACCCACUCAUUGCAUUAUUCAUUGCAAAAAUGUUUUAAAAAUCAAUCAUAUUGUGGAAUUAGUUUUAGGGAAACAAAAUGGUAUUGCUGCAUCAUACCAAACAAGCAAUAAUUCACAGCAUGAAAAUACUUCAGAAUUUACAAUAUUUCCACCAUUAUCUGCUGUUGUUAUGCAACCUUCUAAUUUGUCGGACGACAAAGUAACAUUUGAGCCACUACCCGAAAUCUUAAGCAGAAGCUCCACUGUAAGUCACGACAGUCAGCUUCUAAGAGUUGCAAAAUUUACUGGCUCUUUUGGUAAAGGUUUAGAUGAUUGGUUUG